AUGGACCUUUUGCUUAACGAUGGCUCACCUAGUUCCCUCGGCUUGCACGGGGGCUGUAUCGAUCCGCCGUUGUGCAGCUCCCCACGAAUAAGCUUUAAAGGCCGUGUUCUGUGUCUAUUAAGAGCUUCACCUUUUGAUCACCGGGGGGAGGCCUACCGUGCGUAUGUCCGCGGCCGACUUCAGGGAUUAGGCCCACGCCUUGUCAAAGGUCAGUACUCCCUCCAGUCCAUCCUCCACUCGGUGGCCUACAAGUUGACCCACAUGCACGAACCUCUUGUGCUCCACUUGGCGGGGGACAACGGUGUGGGCAAAACCCGAACCGCGGAGGCGAUCUCCCUCGCUAUGGCCCAGCGCUGUGGGAAUGAGGAUUGCUCGCUUGGGGAGUCCACACUCGUGCUAUCAGGCACAAGCUAUGAUGGGAUGAGCUUAUCCGAAUUUCGACGAUCCAUUGUGCCGACUAUAUGCCGGCACGCCGCACGCUUCCCAAACAAUGGUGUUUUGAUUAUUAAUGACCUCUCAGCGUUGGAGCCGCAAAAGGUGAAGCUUCUCUUACCUGUUCUUGGUCGUGGGGAACGUUUUCCGGAGUUUCCACGGGUCGAUCUUGCACGGCUUAUAGUGAUUGUAACAACAGACUUUGGGAAGGAGGGUCUUACACAAGGAAAGAGUCUGGCCGAAAUGCGUGACUUCAUUAACGCCAAAUUUCAAGAACUUUACACGCAGCGCUCGACGUCCAUCAUUCAAACCCUUCCAUAUCUACCUAUUUCACUGGAGACAGCUCUUGAGAUCGUGUAUAUGACUGUACAGGACCUCAGCUGCCGCUAUCAGAAAUUACUGACCAUCGAUGACGAUGCUGCUCUCUGGAUAGUAGAGAAAACCAAACAGCUCCUUCCAGUCGAGAAUGGCAGGGCAGUGGUGCAAGAGGUGAUGCGGAGCGUUGUGCCGUUACUGGAGGAAUGCGAUGAGGCGAGCUGUGACAGCAGUGUUCUAAGCAUGAGCUCCAGUGGGAGCGUGGUAUUGCUGCCAUGA